UAAAAACGGCCCGAUAGCGCGCGAAGGCUGAUAAACCCUAACUCAUUUCUCCUCCUUUAUAUUAUCACACUGGCGCCGCGAUCUUUAACCUUCUUGGUCGUCUUCUGUUAUCUCUCAUUUCCUAACGAACCCAUCACCCCCUUCUCUCUCGACUCCCGGAGAUAACCGACAAUGAGUAGAGGAACUGCAGCAGGUCCCAAGGGGAAAAGGAAGGGAGUGACUUUUACCAUUGAUUGUGGAAAGCCAGUGGAGGACAAGAUCAUGGACAUUGCUUCCCUUGAGAAGUUUCUUCAGGAGAGGAUUAAGGUUGGAGGUAAGGCUGGUGCACUUGGUGACACCGUCAGUGUGACCCGUGAGAAGAGCAAGAUCACUGUCACCUCUGACAGUAACUUCUCAAAGAGGUAUCUGAAGUACUUGACAAAGAAGUACCUAAAGAAACACAACGUGCGAGAUUGGCUUCGUGUGAUUGCUUCCAACAAGGAUAGAAAUGUCUACGAACUGAGGUACUUCAACAUUGCCGAGAACGAAGGGGAGGAGGAAGAUUAGGAUGCUGGGGCAUCUAAGCACCUUGUUCACUUAUUCAACUUUUUCGUGUGGUACUCUGUCAAAAUUAAUGCUGUUUUGAAAUUUUGUUUUUCUUUUCAGUUUGGUUGUUAUGAGAUAUUUGCUACUAGUGGAUGAGGAUACAGAUCUGGAUUUGUAGGAAGUUGAACUAGUUAUGUUUUGACAAAUUGCGCCGGGUGAUAUUCUCAAGUUCGCGUCACUGCUAUUGCUUC